GAUGCACUUGGAACCGAUGAAUGCGCACGGCUCUUAUUCUCCAGGGAAUAGUUCCUAGUCGAGAUGCCCUAUAUAAACUUGGGACCGGACUAGAAAAAGUCAGAAGUCGUGGACAAUUACCACGACGAGUACUUCCAGUUUGGAAAAAGUCAGCGAUUCGAACGAAUUUUAUUACGAAAGAAGAUUGGGAAGACAUCAUGAGGGUCUGCACGGUGGUAACCCUUAUGGGCAUUGCCCUGGCGGUCACUGCGAUUCCUGCCGACAAAGACUUCCUGUCCAAGCAAAAAGAAGUUCUUCAUCUCUUGAGCAAGGUCCACGAGCCUAACAGGUUCAAGCACCAGAGCGAACUUGGAAAGUCGAUUGAAUCCGGUUUGGAUGGUCUCUACUUCAAAGAUAUUACUCCACUGCGCACCCUGCUCAAGAUGUACAAGGCUGGUAAGCUUCUACCACGUGGCGCCAUCUUCACCCUGUUCGAUGAAGAUCAUCGCAAGGAGAUGAUCACCCUCUUCGAGAGUCUAUACUUUGCCGGGGACUGGACCAGUUUCCUGAAGACAGCUUGCUGGGCCCGCGAUCACAUUAACGAGGGUGUCUUCAUCUAUGCUCUGAGUGUCGCUGUUCUUCAUCGUCAAGAUUGCCGUGGCAUUAUUUUACCACCAGCCUACGAGACCUAUCCCCAUCUCUUCGUGAACUCGCAGGUCAUCCACGAGGCCUACCAAGCUAAAAUGAGACAGCAGGCAGCCGUUAUUCGUAUGAAUUUCACUGGUACCAUUAAGAACCCCGAGCAGAGGGUCGCCUAUCUUGGCGAAGAUUUAGGAAUGAACUCACAUCAUGCUCAUUGGCACAUGGACUUUCCGUUCUGGUGGCGCAGCGCUGAUUAUGGACUCGAGAAGGAUCGCAAGGGCGAGUUAUUCUAUUAUAUGCAUCAUCAGCUGAUCGCACGUUUCGACUUGGAACGUCUGUCCAAUGAAUUACCCUUCGUCGAGCCACUGUCCUUUGAGGACGUCAUCGUCGACGGCUUCCAUCCCCAGACCACCUACCGCGUAGGUGGUGAGUUCCCUUCUAGGCCUGAUAACUUUGCCUUCCACGACCUGGAGAACAUCAAAGUUCACGACAUGCAGGAUUACGUUCGUCGUAUCAAGCAGGCAAUCGCUCAUAGUUAUGUACUUGGUAAUGACGGUAGCAUCUUAUCCAUCAACACCACCAACGGGAUCAACCUCCUGGGUGCCAUCAUGGAACCAUCUUAUGACUCCCCUCAUCCAGAAUUCUACGGCGCUCUUCAUAACUAUGGCCACAUAAUGCUGGGACAGAUCACAGACCCCAAGGGCAAGUUCAACCUGCCACCUGGUGUUAUGGAGCACUUUGAAACUGCGACUCGUGACCCUGCAUUCUUCCGACUUCAUAAGUACAUCGACAACAUCUUCAAGGAACACAAGGACUCUCUGUCGCCAUACACCCAGGAAGAACUUAGCUUCUCUGGAGUACAGAUCACCGACGUCGAAGUCUCCAGUCUGAACACCUUCUUUGAGGACUUUGACGUGGACCUUCUUAAUGCUCUGGACGAUACCGUAGACCUGGAGGAUGUUGCCAUUCAUGCUCGUGUCAGGAGGCUCAAUCAUGCUCCCUUCACUAUCAACUUGAAGUUCAAGUCAGACAAGGCUGGUACUGCGGCAGUGCGCAUCUUCCUGGGACCGAAGUACGAUUGGUUCGGUCAGGAGCUCGACAUUGAGGAGAAGAGGUCGUACAUGGUAGAACUCGACAAAUUCACAGCUCGAAUUACUCCUGGUGAAAACAACAUCAUGCGCAAAUCCACCGAAUCCAGUGUAACCAUCCCGGACCCUGUAUCCACGAAGACACUCUGGGAACGCGUCGAGGCGGCUCUUCAGGGUAUCAAGAGCUUCGAGGUCGACAAGGAUCAUCGCCAUUGUGGAUAUCCUGACCGUCUUCUGCUACCCAAAGGAAAACCGGAAGGCAUGCCAUUCACUCUCUACGUGAUCCUCACCGAUUUUGAGAAUGAGAAGGUCAACAACGUCGACGUCAGCUACAACUACGGUGGUAGUAUCAGCUAUUGCGGCGCCAUUCAUGGACACAAAUAUCCUGACAGUCGUCCUAUGGGCUUCCCCUUUGAUCGUAAGAUCGAAGACUUGGACAAUUUCUUGAUACCCAACAUGAUAACCAAGGACGUUACUAUUACCUUCAAGGGUUAAUUUAUAUUCCUUACAUGCUUUCUCUCUCUGGGAUACUAAUCAAGACUCUUGAGGAUCCCCUUACCUUGGAUCCCUCAGAAACAUACCUUCUCGAAGACUGAUCGUUUUUAAUGUCUAUUGUUAGAAUUGUUGCAUAAUGUUUACAGACAAUAAAUAUAUAAAAUCAGAUGUUUA